GAGGAGCUUGUCGGCUCAAGUAGGGGAUGCCAAUCAAAGCUUCAACUUCAAAUUGUAUCUGAGAGAUCAGCCUGGAGACCUCAGGGCCAGGCGCGUCAGUCUGUGCGCAAUUGGUGAUCACAUCACAUCCAAGCGGACUUUGCGCAACCAAAAGAGAGAGGAAGCCGAGAUUUAAGAGAGUCUUGUUUCCACUGCCUACCACUGCAUGUCAGUAGCAGCUCUCACUUCUCUUCUCUUGGUUGUUUUUUUCUUCUUUUUUUAACCUUCGCGAGUACUUUUUUUGACGCAUAGUUUGUGGACGUUCCGAGCUGAGCGUCAACCCGGCGGUGGAACAUGUCUUUCCCGCAGCUAGGCUACCCGCAGUACUUAAGUGCCUCCCAGGCGGUGUACGGGAGCGAGAGGCCGGGAGUGCUAACGCCUUCUUCCCGCGGAGGGAGCACCGAAAUCGGAGGUAGUCCAACAGCCACCGCGGCGGCAGUCACCUCGGUGUUGGGCAUGUACGCCAACCCGUACGCGCACAACUACAGCGCCUUCUUACCUUACACCAGCGCGGACCUGGCUCUUUUCUCACAAAUGGGAUCACAAUAUGACCUGAAGGACAGUCCUGGCGUUCAUCCGGCCAGCUUUGCAGCCCACACCUCUCCUGCCUUCUACCCAUACGGUCAGUUCCAGUACGGGGACCCGGCCAGGCCCAAGAACGCCACCAGGGAGAGCACCAGCACCCUGAAAGCCUGGCUCAACGAGCACAGGAAGAACCCAUACCCGACUAAAGGGGAGAAGAUCAUGCUGGCCAUCAUCACCAAAAUGACCCUGACUCAGGUCUCCACCUGGUUCGCCAACGCCAGGAGGAGGCUGAAGAAGGAGAACAAGGUGACAUGGGGGAGCAGGAGUAAAGAGGACGGGGAGGAUGUUAACUUAUUCGGCAGCGGGGACGAGGCUGAGAAGAAUGAGGAUGAGGAGGAGAUUGAUCUGGAGAGCAUAGAUAUAGACAAAAUAGACGAUAACGACGGGGAUCAGAGUAACGAGGAUGAUGACGAUAAAUCAACAGAGGGGGGCACAAGGGACCACAGGGGUGGUGGGGACGCGGGGGGAGAGCUGGACAGCUUGGAGAAAAGACGGGCCUUCACCCUGCAGGCCCACGAGGCCUUGGACAAAGCUAAAAGCACAAUUUCAGUCCACGCAGGUUGCAAAGACAACUCGGACGGUACCAACAACACCACACGAGUUCUAUCCCCGGACAGACCUGGAGGCUUCCCCUUGCCCUCGAACAAUAAGCCCAAAAUAUGGUCAUUAGCGGAAACCGCCACAACCCCUGACUCUUCCUCCCAGAAACCCACGUCCCCUUCUGGUCCAGUGCCCCCCUCUCACCCUCAGAUCCAGGCCCACCCCGCCUUCCUCCCCAGUCACGGACUGUACACUUGCCAGAUUGGAAAGUUCCACAACUGGACAAACGGGGCUUUUCUGGGUCAGAACUCCCUGCUCAAUGUGAGAUCCUUCCUGGGGAACCACCAUCAUCACCAUCAGCACCAGAACCACCACCUGGCGGGUCAGCAGCAACAUCAGACACAGACAUCAGUGGUGGUGUCCCCGGUUGCUGCUGCAGCGGCCCUCAGCAACGACAGCAAGACCCCGAUGAGCAGCCCUAAACACAUAGAACACGAAAACGGUCUAAGGUCUGAUUCCCCUCCAACACCCACCCUGAAGCCUUCUUUUCGACCCCUCCAUGACAGAUCGUCGCUGCCUUCCAGUGCAAGGAGUCCACAAGACGCCACACAACGGGUCCUCACUGCUCUCUCUUCGGCUUGAUUUUUUUUUUUUUUUUUUGCUUGAACAAAAAAAAAGACUUCACACCCCUAAAAAGGACAAUGGAGAAAUUAUGAUGCAGCGCAGCAUUCAGUCUUUGCAGCUGGUACAGAGCAAAUGGCGUCAUUUGGUAUAUCCUGUGGAUGGAUGCGGAUACUUCCUCUAUUGUUGUGUAGCCUAUAAUCGCGCCUAUAAUGUUAAUCUAUCUCUCUACACUUUACCCCGACAGAAUGGGACAUUUUGGUAGGCUUUUUACUUUGUUAUUAUUAAUAUUAUUAUUAUAUUAUUAUUAUUAUUAUUAUUAUAUCUUGUGUUUUGGUGUCCUUUCUUUAAUGUAAAUAUCAUGUGAUUUAAAUUUGUAAAUAGGAAACGUUGAAGGAAUUUGUCCAGAUCGUAUAUUUUGCCUAAUAAACUAAAUAUUGGAAUUAAAACGAACCAUUAUUAUUAUUACUAUCAUUAUUAUUGCUGUUGUUGUAUUACUAUCACCGCCUGCUAACUUUAGUUACUCCAUUUAAUGUCACACGGGUGAGAAUGAAAGGAAAAGAAAAUAUUGACAGUCUGUAACCAAUGCCUGCCUGCUUAAUUUUAUUCAAGUUUGGGAGGAAAACCGCGUGGAUGCAUUGAGGUGCUAAUAAGUGUCCAGAUGGUUGCUGGUGACAGAAAAUGGACAGCAGCAGCUGGGAAGGUCAUUAAGUAAUAAUAUGGGAACGCCCAGUCCAAACAAAAUCAAAUGGUUAAAAUCUAAUCUGUCAGAGGGAGAAGUCGAUUCAAAUAUAAAUUAUUAAUAUAUAUAUAUUUUAUAUUUUCUCUGGGGGGAGGGGCAGGCUGACACUGUUGGUGUUUGGAAGCAGAGUGCGUGUUUCGGGAUGCUGUCUGCGCAGGCUGAUUGUGAUCAUUAGACUUCCAAUCAGCUUCUGGGUCGGUGACCAAAUUAAUGUAUUGAUUAACAAUAACAACCUGGUUAGGUUUAAGAGGAAAAAAUAGCAGUGAU